AUGAUUGAUCAAUUUUACGCUGAUUCAAUACAACAAUAAUUCGGAAACAAAUAUAUGAAACCUCUAUUAAUAGGUGAAGGAGCAUUUUCAAAGGUUUUUAAAUGUUAAAAUGAAUUAGGAGAAUUUGUUGCUAUAAAGGUUUAUUUAAUCUAUAUUUAGAGGUUGUUAAUUUAUUAGGCAUAUAACCAUUUAUUGUUUCUAGUUUAAAAAAUGAAAUUCAAUUAUUAAAUUAAAUCAAAAAUGAUAAUGUUAUUAGAUUGUAUGAAAGUUAAGAAUCACAAUCUGCAUUAUUUUUAGUAUUGGAAGUUAACUAUAUUUUAUAAAUUUUAGUAUUGUGAAAUGGAUGUUAAACAUAUGAUGAUCAAUUAUUUUGAUAAUAAAUUACCAGAAGAUUUAGUAAUUAAUAUUCUUAGAUAAAUGGUAAAUGGGCUCAAUUAUUUACACUAAAAAAAUAUUCUUCAUAGAGAUUUGAAGUUAGAAAAUAUAGGUGUUAUGAUAAAAAAAGAAGAUUUCUAUCAACAUAAAAAGUUAAAUAAUAUUCAUUUUUAAAGUAUUUUUUAAAAUGGAUCUUACAAAUUACUUGAUUUAGGAUUAUCUAAAAAAUUCCUGAAUUAAAAAAAUACAAAAACCCUUGCAGGAACUUUAUUAAAUAUGGGUAUUUUAUAAUUGUUUAAUAUUAGCACCUGAAAUUUUAUAAAGAAAAUCCUAUUCAUUUGAAGCAGAUAUUUACAGUUUGGGAGUUUGUUUAUAUUAAAUGAUAACAGGUGAAUAUCCAUUUGAUAAUAGCUUAAAUAGAAAAAAACAAAUUAAAUUGAUAUAAAAAUAAAAUGCCAAAUUCUAAGAAAUCCAAAAUUCAAAUCUUAGAGAUAUUAUAUAAAAAAUGCUGAAUUUUAAAGUUGAAGAUAGAUUAACAUUUGAGUAAUUAUAUUAAUCCCCAUUACUUUAGAGUACUAUAGAAAAUGUCUAAUCAUAAUUCUAAAAUUCACUAAUAUAGAAUACUGAAUUUUCAAUACUUGAUGAUGUUAAGUCAAUUUAAUCAGAUGUAAGCAUAAUAUGUCCAAACACAAGCAUGGUAGAAACAGAUGUAAGUUUUAUUCAACCAAAUUAUAUGUAAAAUUAAUCUAAUUAUGAAAAAAUAUCUGAUAAUUAAGAUAUUUCCUCUGAAAUUAAUUCGAAUUAAUCUUUUGAAGAGAUUUAAAAAAAUUCUUUCUAUAAAUCUUUGAUUGACAAACCAAAAUUAAUAUUCUACAAAGAUUGUAAAUUUAACUAGUUAAUUAAAAGAUUUAAUAGUCUUUAUGAUUAAUUUGCAUUAGUUAUAAAACUUUGUGAAAAUUUUUUGGAUUUAAUAUCAAGUAUUCCACAAAAGUUAAAGUAUUAAAAUUUUGAAGUUUAAUUUUAAAAGUAUUUAGAAUAUUUCUCUGAUUUGCUUGAAAUUAUGAUAAAACAUUGA